UUACGUAUUUAAUGUGCGAAAAUCCGAAGCUCUGAUCUGUUUUUUUUGUUUUGGCGUCAGUGCGUGGGUGUGGGUAUGCGUCGUUGUUUGUGUAGACGACCCUAGCGAAUUACGUAUGUACAACGGUGAUUUUUCGGUCAGACUACACAUACUCAACAAAGCACCAUAAAUAUACAUGGAUUUGCGCAUGUAUUGGCGUGUCUACCAAAAAUUCAGACUGCAGAGCAGUAAACAUUUUACAAGAGUAACGGUGUAAUCCACCUGUCGUAUACUAUAAAUCUGUGUAGCCAACAAGCUGGCCAUUUCAGUUGAACGUCAAAACUUCCAACGCCUACACCGCCGGGAAUCAAAAGUGUCAGAUGAGUGAAAAGUUAAUAAUUCCAAAUCGUAAAAUGCUAUCCUUGUGCUGGGUUUCCGAAACGCUAGCUUUGAUUGUGUGCAUAACUUUCGUUCAAGCUGUCACUAAUGUGGACCCUUCAUCGCGUGAACUUGAUCAGUUUCGUUACUGCAUGCGUCAGUCGCAGCACCCGAGUUUGCGCGAGUGCAUCGGUCGCACAGCCCUCAAUUUGUUGCAACGCUUCGAUGAACAGGACAAUUAUACACUCUUUAGAGAUUUGGUUUCUACAAAGGAUGAUAAAAUUUCCGCGCGCUCGUUGGUAAACUUUUUAGACACCGACCCUGUGGAUUUUAGAGGAAUUUUGGAAAAUGCAGGUGCUGUUAUGGGCCAACGAGGUCUUGAAUGGCAUAUGGAUGCAAUAUAUCCAGGAUUAAUGUUCAAGAUAGGGCCCACUGCCGAUACAAACAGCGUUGCGCAGUUUGUACUUGAUCCGUCUACUGUUGAGCGAAACUUUGGCUACGAAGAGCCAUCAACUGCUCGCCUCUUAACUAAACAAUACUUGCUGCCAUUUUUGCUCGGCUUUAAAUUCAACUUGGUCGCACUGGUGCCACUUGUGUUCGCCGGUAUUUGCUUGCUGCUGAAGAAGUCGCUUUUCUUGGCCAAGUUUGCCAUUUAUCUAAGCAGCUUUUUAGGCGUUGGUGGAGCUUUAACUGCGCUCAGUGCUGGCGCUGGUGCAGGUGGUUUUGGUGGCUUUGGACUUUUCGGCGGUGGUGGCGGUGGACUUCCUCUGGGACCGCCACCCUUCAACCCUCAUGCACAUGCUUUUGGUGCUGGCGAUGGAUACUUACCGGGCAAAACGAGUGUUUUCAAUCAUCACUACGAAAACGAUGAACUUCACCAUCAUCCACCUUAUAAACGUAACGACCGUAAAAUAAACUUCGAGAAACCGCGGGAUUAUGCAACACGCGCAACAGUAACUGCAACAACACCGCCUCCUGACCGUUUUUACGACUAUGAGAAGCAAGUUGCUAUGAUUCAUAAUAGAAGCGGGAAAUUGAGGUCAACAAACGGGAAACUGGGCCCCAGCGCUUAUGAUGACGAUGAGGGUGAGGUGAAAAUAGGUGAAUUCAUGACGACGAACCAAGAACACAAUGGUUGGAAAGUUGUUGAUUUGAGGGUGUAA